UUUGCGCCUCCAAAACCUCUCCUGAACUCCUCAAGUGACAGUUCUCGGCAAUUCAGAGUCCUGCCAGAGACCAUCGCCGAGUAUCUUGGUAGGACUUUGAAGGUGAACCUCUGUAUCCAGAAACAGAGUACAUGCUGUUUGUUGAUGACGGAGACACCGGGAAAUCAAGGGGUUAUGGCUUUGUUUGUUACUCCUCCAAAGCUGAAAUGGAAAACGCGCUUGGAUCGCUUGAUGGACUUGAGCUGGAGGGUUGGGCCAUUCGAGUAAACCUGACUCAGGGAAGAAAUCCUGAUAUCAUACACCAGCAUUUUGGAAUCAUUUUGAGCUUUCUAGAGGUUAUGAUUCAACUGAACUAAUCAACUCUAAAGAUCAAUGUGUUGCCCUAUGGAAUCACCUGAUAUCAUACACCAGCAUUUUUGGAAUCA